AAAGGUGGCCUUCUAAGAAACAAGUCUCUAUUUUUGUUGGAUAAAAUACUUGUGUGACAUACUUCUGUUUUUCGAGAAAAAUUAUUUAGCUCAAAUUUAGGGGAGUAUUUCUUCUGCGCCGUGGUAGUGUCGUUAGUGGUUCGGCUAGGUUCCGUUUAGACUCGGCGACUCCGAUCAAAACAAAGUACUACAACCAAAACAAAACUGUUUUCCGAAACAUGAGUUGGUGAUCUAUUAAAUUUCUGUCGAACCAUGGCUGAGAAGGAGUAUAAUCGACCUGUGUUGGCGGGCGCACAGACGGACCGUGCGAAGAAAGACAAAAAAUCGAAAUUAAGAAAAAAAUCUGAUGUCCAAACCCAGGAGACAGAGGAAAACAUUUUAACAGAUGUCGAUAUCCCUCUUGAAUGUGCUGUAUGCCUGCAAAGCUGUAUUCAACCAGUCAAGCUACCAUGUGAACACAUAUUUUGCUUUCUCUGUGUCAAAGGUGUUGCGAAUCAGAGCAAACGUUGUGCAUUGUGUCGAAAAGAGAUCCCAAUAGAGUUUCUAAACUGCCCUGUACUGGUAAAGUCUUGCAAAGAUGAAAUAGAGCCAGAGCCAGAGGUAGAGUUGGAGGAGGGUUAUCAGUGGUACUAUGAGGGACGCAAUGGUUGGUGGCAGUAUGAUGAACGUGCUAGUGUGGAACUAGAAGACGCAUAUAAAAGUAAAAAUAGAUGUAUAGAGUUACUUAUAGCAGGCUUCUUGUAUGUAAUUGAUUUUGAGAACAUGAUUCAAAUUAGGCGUAAUGAUCCAACUCGGCGACGAAGAAUCAAACGUGAUUUGCGUAAUGCACCAAAGAAGGGAAUCGCAGGAAUCAAAUAUUUCCCAUCGGAAAAAAAUAGUUCUGAUGAUCGCCAAGGUGAUGGAGAUGAGGAGACUGAAGAUACCAGUGGCCAAGCACCUAAGGGAAAAAAAGUGCAGAGGAAACCGGGAUCCGGUAAUGUUGAUACUAUGGCAACACGUUUUAGUGCAAUGACUGUAGGUGAAAAUAGAGAAGAAGAAGAAGAAGAUUUAGUUUUACUAACUGACGAACAAAAUUCAUCUGAAAAUUCAAGUGGAGACCAGGCACCAGGAGCUGUGGGAGGGUCAUACUAAUAGUGUACUAAGCCAAUCAAGUCAUUGGCCAG